CAUUUGAUUCGCAACGAAGUGCGCGUCGCUGGCGGUAGUUUCUUGUCCGCUUUGAUAAAACUGGUCGCGUAGUUUCGUACGAAUUCUUUUACGUUAAUUUGGCGCGCCAGUUUCCCAGUUUUCUUUGUAAGCCAAUAAAAUAUACAUAUGUAUGUUAAUAAAAUGAACAUAUAAAACAAUAAAAAAAUUAACAAAACAACGAAUUAUAAUUAUAAAAUAAAGCGAAAAAACGAGUCGGGAGCAUCGCAAAUGCAAUUGAUUAGAAAGUGCAUUUACUGUUGUUUAAUUGCCGCAGGACAAGUGUCGGUGUCGGUGUAGGCGUCGCUGCCGCCGCUUUCUUUUGCUCUGCAUUUUGCGUUAUUCGUCGCGUUGCGUUGCGUCGCGUCGCCGUCGCUACGUUCACGUGUUAUGCGUGCGUGUCUUUUUGUUGUGUUCGUUCGCGCUUCCUUUUUUAUGACCGCUCUUAUUCCCAUUGCAUUUCGGGCUGAUCUGUGCGUUCGUCUUUCUCUAUAAUAUUCGUCGUUUUUUUUUGUUGUUUUUUUUCUGUUGUGUGUAUAAAAUCAAAAAACGUAUGUAUGCAUGUUUGUAUGUACAUAGCCAUUACAAGAGUAACGACAAGAGUAAUUUUUUGUCGUGCAGUGCGUGAAUAAAUUAAAUCCAAAAAAAAAUCUUCAUCAUUCAGAAAAGUCAAGCAAAGGCAACACGUUAAAGGAGGAGAAGUGGCCGCCGCGGCAGCUACAACGAAAAUAAUUAUAUACAUACACACACAAAUACAUACAUACAUACAUUCAUAUGUACAAGCAAAUAAGAAAAAAUUCCAACAAGUUGAAAGAAAUUUAAAACCGGAUUCAAUACCAACAACAAAUAGCAACGACCGUCAGACGGCACAACAACAACAAGUACAACAAAAAUUUGCUGCUGCUUUGAACUACACUACCAAUAACAACAACAAAAGCAACAACCACGCAAACGCAAACGCACAACUCUUGCUGCGUUGUCGUCAACGUCUUCACUGAUCCUCAGCAGCAGAGCCGCAGCCGCAGCAUCCAGCAGCUGCCAGCAGUGCAGUAGUUGUUGUUUCCUCUGUAAACUGUAAACUCUGUGAACAGGCGCAGCAGGAGCGACAGAGCGCUCUCCGUGCAUUGGCUUUGUGCUCUCUUUCGGCAUUAGAAGAUCAUUGAAGAGAAGCAACAAUAAAGCAUAAUACAAUUGACGGAUGCAGAUAAUAACAAGUGAUUUAAAUUUAUGUUAAUUUCAUGUUGGCAUUGUGCAAAAAUCAACACGAGGCAACAGUCAGUCCAUAGCCACAGUCUCAGUCCCGGUCUCAGUCACAGCCACAGCACAAGGCAUAAAGUUAACAUUGCAAUCAAUGCCCACAACUUAAAUGCUACAACAACAACAGCAACAGCAUCAGCAAGAAGAACAAGAACAACUGGCAUUGCUGCUCGAUUUGCACUUGUAGGAAGGCGCAUACGUUACGUAGUUUAGUAAGCAACUUGGAAACUUGCAGACACACAAAAUGGCGCACUCAAAAGUCAUUCUGAAGAUUCUAUUCUCAUUAUGUGUGUGGUCUUUUGUGAUAAUUGGCUUGUUUAAGAUGCACGGCACCAACCUGGUGCCCCAGGAAUAUCAACAAGUGCCCCUAAAUGGACGCAUAUUGUUGCAGAAGGACAUACUGCGCUAUGCGGAAACCACAUCAACUACCACAGAUCACUUCGAUCCAUCCGAAAUACUUGUGGACAAUCGCACAGCCAUGGACGACGAUCAGUUGGUGCGGGACGUCGAAUCGCGCAUUCCUUCGCUGCCCAUCGCCUACUGGAGCAAGAACAAGAACUUUCUGCAACAGAAGUCAUCGACUUGCGCCAAAUAUCCGUCGAUAUUCGAGCUGGAGUUCAACAACAUCUAUUGGCAGACGUUGCGCACCACGAACGGCACAUUCCAGCUAUUCGGUGCCUACUACGACAUCAGACGCACCUCGCUGCUGGGUCCUACGGUGCGCAUCCUGGGCAUGAUCGAUCGCAUCGAGCCCAAAGUGAAGACCUACUGUCAGUUCUGGUUCGAUGGCCAGAAGGAGCCGUUCAUUGUGAAAACGUUCGAGUACAAGUACAUCUGGUACAACAAAUGGGGCAACUACAAGCAGGGCAUCUACCAGCCGUACCUAAUAGCCUGCCAGAUACCGAAACCCUUCCAUGGCGUGGUGCCCAGCUCCGUGUCCAUGGUGGAGAAGGAGUGCGACACAGCCACAAAUAAUUUGCGGGUGAUCUACAAUAGACCGCCCGAUGACCAGAAGAAGGGCUUCGCCGUCUGUGUCAAGGGUCUGGACUUCCUCUACGACGACCUGAGUGUGCGUCUAAUUGAAUGGAUCGAAAUGUUGAACAUACUGGGGGCGGACAAAAUCUAUUUCUACAACCUGCAGGUGCACCCCAACAUCACCAAGGUGCUCAAUCACUACGAGCAGGAGGGCAAGGUGCAGGUCAUACCGUUGACGCUGCCGGGAGGGCAGCCGAAUGUGCCCGGCUUCCAGCAUCUCUACCUAACCAAGAAGACGAACCACAAGCGUCAGAACGAGGUGAUACCCUACAAUGACUGCCUCUACAAGAAUCUUUAUCUGUACAAUUACAUCGCCCUGCUCGACAUCGACGAGGUAAUCAUGCCCAAAGGCAACACGGUGCUCUGGUCCGAGCUGAUGGACAAGGUGCGGCCGGAGUCGCUCAAGAUAAAGCCGGACGGUUUCCACAGCUACAAUUUCCGGAAUGUCUACUUCCUGGACGAUCAGCAGCACGAGCACGGCUGGCACAAGGACAUCCCCAAAUACAUGCAUAUGCUGCAGCAUGUGCAUCGAGCCAAGAACUACACGAAGCCCAAUCAGUAUGUGAAGUGCUUUCACGAUCCGGAACGCGUCCUCACGCUGCACAAUCAUUUUCCGCUCUCCUGUCUGGGCGGAGUCUGCAAAUCCUAUCCGGUGGACACGCCCGACGCCCAGCUCCAGCACUAUCGCGCCGACUGCGUGAAGACGCUGAAGAAGAGCUGCGAGGAGUAUCGCGAGAACUCGGUGGAGGACAAGACCAUUUGGAAAUACAAGGACGAGCUAAUUCGCCGUACAAUCAAAACGCUGGACACGUUGGGCUUCUUUCGACGCACCGGCUCGGCCGGCUUCGGUGGCAGCAGCAGCGGCCUCGGCGGCAGUGGCGCUACGACCCACUCGACGGAACGGUGAUUUCCACUCCUGGGCUGGUGGCCCUGGCUGCAAGGGAGCAGCAUUAGCAGCAGUAGCAGCAGCCUCGAUGCACAGUAUGUGGACACGGGCGGCGGACUGAGCGCUGCCUCGGGCAAUGAGGAGUUUUUCGUUUAGUGGCAGACCUCUCCAGAUCCACUUCACAACCGAAUACACCCGUCCCGUCGCGUCCCAGCCCAGCCCAGCCCGGCCCGGCCCGGCCCGUCCCAUUUGUAGCUAAGCUUCAUAUUCGAGCUCCAUUAUUAUUCUGUAUUAUACUAGGAAGGGUAUUUCGAUUCGUUCAGUCUCUUUCGCAUAUAACCAACCUUUUUUUACAACUCACUUACGAGUACGAGUACAUUAUCAAAUGUUUUAUUUUUAUUUUUGUACGCAUCGAAAAUAUGCACGAUACAUAUAAAUCUAUAUAUGCAUAGUUAUAUAGAUGAGCCUAGUAUAUAACUACAAGCACACACACAACCACACAACCACACACACACACACACACAUAUGUACUUAGUUGUGGGCAUAUGUAUUUACAUAGCAUAGGAGAAGCAAACACACUAUUAAAAUUGUGCCUUCAACUUAAAUUGUAGUUGUAAGUGGUAGGGUUUUAGAGCGUCGAACCCCCAAUUGUCCCGGCUGUCCCCAUCAUCUCGAUCAAGCACUUCGGAGUCAGCUAACGAUGGAUGAUGAAUGGAGAGCGGAAACUAUCUGAAAUAUAUACAUACAAGUAUAUAUAAACAUACGAGUAUGUGCAUAGGUUAUAUACGAGUACAUAUUUAGAAUCUUAAGCCAUUAGCUAUAUGACUAUAGCGCGUCUGACAAAAACUGUCUCAAUGAUAUAUAUAUAAAGUAUAGUAUACUAUGCGAGUAUGUGUGUAGGUAUAUCUAUGGCUAAACACCCAGACACACAUACACACACAAAAUAUGUCACAAGCAAGUUAAAACUGAAAGGAAAAAAACAAAAAAGAAACCCUAAACUAAGUUCAAGACUGAUGAUGUUUAUUAAUAACUAAUUGCAAUUGCGAUUGCGAUUGCAGAACACAUGCAAUGCUCGUGAAGUACAUUUUAAAAACGAAUUUGAACAAAUUCCCCAACAAGCUAAUGAUCAUUCAAAUUUAUACUGAAAAAAUGUUGCUAACAAUACCAACAAACAAACAAACAAACAAACAAGCAAACAAGUGAGAACUUCUUUGUAAAAAGCAUUAUAAUAAAUUAACUUAAUAACUAACAUUUAUAUGAAUUAGUUAACGAACAAAAUUUGCCUAAAAAAAAAAAGAAAACGAAAAGAAACGAAACAAAUAUCAUUAAAUGCUAAGCAACCGUUCAAUCGUAAAAGAGACGCAGAGGCAAAUCGGAACUCGAUGUAAACGAAGCCAACUAAUAAUAAAUUGUAAAUAGAGAAAUUGUUGAAAAUAAAUAAAUAUAAAUACAAAUGACACAAGAAUUUGAAAGCAAGUGGCAGUAGUGGAACAUUCUAGCCACGAAUAGGAAAGGCAUACUAGGCUAUACAUAAGUAUUUGUAUACUCAAGCAAUUGUAUCUAACUAGCUCUGUAAAGCAAGCUGCUCAAUUAUAUCUAAAAUUAGUUUUCUCCUAAGUUAAUUUUUUUUUCUUUUUUUGUAUAUUUUUUGUUUUUUUUUUAUCUAUCCUAUACGUUUUAAGCGAACGGAAUAGAACAGAACAGAACAGAAAAACACAUGCCUUUGAUUUGCGCUACUUACUCGUAUUAUCUUGAUUGGCGGGGGGCGCUCAGAGGGCCCCUGUGCCCACUUGUUAGUAUAUAUACUAUAUAUUUAAUGUACAUAGACAUUACAGCUGUCCUAUUAUGUAUUCGUAAGUUGCAGCUUCUUUCCUACAAUCCUACUUAUACGUAUCAUUAUCCAAGAUGGUAUUCAGUUUUUGUUCACCUAGCAGUGUAGUCGUCGAAUUGUUGAAGCAAAUGGGUUUUGUACAUUUUGCAUAAGCGUUGAUUUGUAUAUGGGUAGUGCAUGAAUGUGCACACACACACACACACACACAUACACACACACACAUAAACACACAAACACACACUUAAAUUAUGUACUAGACACAUAGAGCUACAUACGCAUAUAUCUACACAUAGUAUAUAUGUAUACCCUAUGUAUUAAUGUUAGACGAUAAUGAUAUUGAAAACAACAACACUUUUUUUUGCGUAGCUAAUAACAAUUGAUAUGAAAGCAAGUGAUUGAAAAAUAAAAUUAAAACAAUAUUGUAA